AUGUCAGAUUUUGAUAUUAUGGAAUACUCCACGAAGUGGUACAUCAUAGCACCAGCAUUGAUCGUCUUUUAUGUUGUGUACAAGAAAAUUAAUGAAGCAUACUUGAUGAAGAAGUUGGGAGCGGUUAGGGAAACAAACCCCGAAGGCGAUGGCUACUUGGGAUUCAAACUUCCAUUCUGGUUAAUCGAAAGGAAAAAGAACGGAACUCUUGUUGACUUUUCUGAGCAAAGAUUCCAUGAAAUUUCACACCCAGAAGUUCCUACACUUUCAAUGAGAAUUUUCACAGUAAAGCUUUGGGCGACUAAAGAUCCCGAGAAUAUCAAAGCACUUUUAGCUACUCAGUUCAAUGAUUUCUCCCUAGGUACAAGACAUCCACAGUUCAAACCUUUGUUGGGUGAUGGAAUAUUCACUUUAGAUAACCAAGGAUGGAAAGACUCGAGACAGAUGUUGCGUCCACAGUUUGCCAGAGAACAAAUCUCACAUGUCAAGAUGUUGGAGCCACACAUUCAAGUUCUUUUCAAGCAUGUGCGCAAGAACAAAGGACAAGUAUUUGAUUUGCAAGAACUAUUUUUUAGAUUCACCGUUGAUUCAGCCACUGAGUUUUUAUUUGGGGAAUCAGUUGAUUCGUUGAAGGAUGCCAGUGUUGGAAUGCAGGCUGAUUCGAACGAAAUUGACGGUAAGGAACAAUUUGCCGAGUCUUUCAACUUUUCUCAAAACUAUUUGGCCUCGAGGGCAGUUAUGCAAGGAUUAUAUUGGCUAUUGAACUCCAAGAAGUUUAGAGAUAGCAACGCAGUUGUUCACAGAUUCGCGCAACAUUAUGUUAAAAGAGCCUUGUCAUUAUCACCAGAGGAGUUAGAGAAACAGAAUGGAUAUGUGUUCCUUUACGAGUUGGCUAAACAUACAAGAGAUCCAAAGGUUUUACAAGAUCAAUUGUUGAACAUUUUGGUUGCAGGCAGAGAUACAACAGCUGGAUUGUUGUCAUUUGUGUUUUUUGAAUUAGCCAGGAAUCCUGCAGUAUUGGCCAAGUUGAGAGAAGAAAUUGGCACCAAGUUUGGAUUGGGCAAGGAAGCUAGAAUCGAAGAGAUCACUUUCGAGUCAUUGAAGAACUGCGAGUAUUUGAAAGCAGUUCUUAACGAAUGUUUGCGUUUGUAUCCAUCAGUUCCACAAAACUUCCGUGUUGCUACAAGAAACACAACUUUACCUCGUGGUGGAGGACCCGACGGAAUGUCCCCUAUCUUGAUCACCAAGGGACAAACUGUGAAUUAUUCCGUAUAUGCAACCCACAGACUGGAAGAAUACUACGGUAAGGAUGCUAAUGAGUUUAGACCCGAGAGAUGGUUUGAGCCACAGACAAGGAAAUUGGGUUGGGCAUUUGUUCCAUUCAAUGGUGGUCCAAGGAUUUGUCUUGGUCAGCAGUUCGCUCUAACUGAAGCUAGUUACGUUACAACCAGAUUGGUGCAAGAGUUUAGUUCCUUAUGGAUGGAUCCAAAUACUCAAUACCCACCACACAAGAUGUCACAUUUGACAAUGUCCUUGUAUGAUGGAUGCAAUGUCAAGAUGGAGUAA